AUGAAGGUCAACCUGGCUUUCUUGUUUCUUUUCAUCCUCAGCCUCGCAGCUGCCUCUGCUGUAACAGAUCCUGACCUCGAAGCUCGUGAGGCAGAUGCAUAUGAAGAUGGCCUCUACGAACGUGACUCUACCGUGAAGCACCUCCAGCGCGACCACAGUUGUAACCAGCAGGAACCCCGAUGUGCCAGUGCAAGAAAGUCUGCAACGGAGCAGAUCCUCACUGUAAGCCUGGUGAUUGGGAUUGGGAUAAAUGCCACUGCAGGGGGAAAUGGUGUAGUAACUAUGACUCUAACUGCAAGUCAUGGAACUGGGAUACAUGUCAGUGCAAGAAGGUCUGUCAUCAAGCAGAUCCUCAUUGCAAGCCCGAUGACUGGGAUUGGAACAGUUGUCACUGUGCAAACACAAGUCCUAGACUAUACUGUGAUGCUUCAGAUGUAUGAAGCAUCAAACAUCUGA